AUGCCGCACUCCACAGAGGAACACAGCCCAAAGCAAACGUUAACGAUCCGACCGGCCAACCAAAAUGUACAAACAACAACCAGCCAAGAGACAUCCUCCGAGCAGGCAUCAAGCAUAUCAGAAAGCCUCACACAUCUGAGGAGGCCAGAUCGUAUCCAGAUCAAGAAUCGCAGAAAGCGAUAUCUAGACUUACAUCCUGACUACUUCAAGUCUCCCGACCUUGAACUUGCAGAUCCUUUACUUUACGACAGACUAGUUCGUCGCUUCCUCACAUCUGGCGAGCGAGAAAAGGAAGGCCGCGAACGUGGCUACACUGGAAUUCUGGAAGCAGAUCUGGUCCGUUCAGAAGCCAAGAUCGAGGCUCUCCAGCAUCCGGAUCCAAACAUUGCGAUGCUAUACAAGCGUGCUCCGGAUGGCCAUAUCUUAUCUGUUGAGCAGGAUGAAGAAGCUUCGAAUCGAGAGGAUGCCUGGGAUAGAUGGGUCGAUCUCAUGACUCAACGCUUCCUACGUGGCGACGACAAGGACUUCGAUUACAGCACUGUGGACGACAAUGAAGAAUUCGAUGAUCGCGAAGAGGAGGAGAGGAAGCGUCUGGAAGAGUACAUCGACAAUCAGACGCCCGAGUUUCUCGGAGCAGGAACGCCGAAAGGAGAGACUGGAAUUCAAGACUUCUAG